AUGAGAGUUGACUUUAGAACUACUGGAGGUGUAUUCAAUCUCAGGCGCUUACAAGCCAAAACAGAGGUUUCUAAGAGUCCACUGAGAGAACUCUUGUUUGCUGACGAUUGCGCAUUAGUUGGUCACACAUAUGAAGACAUUCAACACAUUGUCAACUGUUUAGACAGAUCAACUAAACGUUUUGGCUUGAGUGUCAGCUUGAAAAAGACAGAAGUGCUUUUUCAACCACGUCCAGGCUCAAACUAUAACCCUCCUCCAGUUAUGAUUGGUGAUCACCCAUUGUCUUAUGUCAGCAAUUUCAAGUAUUUGGGUAGUUUCCUUUCAAAUAAUGCAACUGUUGAUGCAGAUGUCUCUCAUAAGAUAUCAAAGGCCAGUGCUGCUUUUGGUAAAUUGUGCAACAGAUUCUGGCAAAGGCAUGAAAUCAAACUGACCACGAAGGUUGCAGUUUACAAAGCAGUAGUCUUAUCAGUUCUAUUGUGCGGAUGCGAGUCAUGGACCCUUCUUCGUCGUAACCUCAAAAGUUUGGAGAGUUUUCAUCUGCGAUGUCUUCGCCACAUAUGUGGAAUCCAGUGGACUGACUAUAUAUCCAACACAGAAGUGUUAUCUCGUUGUAACAUCAGUGGCAUUGAAUCUCUUGUUAUGAAAUGCCAAUUUCGCUGGGCUGGUCACAUGUCUCGAAUGCCUAAUGAUAGAAUUCCCAAACAACUCCUUUUUGGUCAACUGGAACAGGGCCAUCGUCAUCAAGGUGGUCCUAAAUUACGUUAUAAAGAUUCUAUCAAGGCUAAUAUGAAAUCCUGUGGGAUUGACUUCCUGCAUUUUGAGAAACUAUCCAGUCAUAGAACAAACUGGAGAUCUCUCUGCCAUUCAUCACUCCAACAGUUUGAAGAAAAUCGUAUUAGACAUCUUCAAGCUCAACGUCAGAAACGGAAAAAAAUUGUUUCUACCAACAAGUCAUUUGUUUGCCAAUCUUGUGGCAAGGAAUGCCGUUCAAAAGCAGGAGUUAAAUCCCACCAGAGACACAGAGGACACUAA